CUAAAGGCCCACACAUCACCAGCAAGAAAAUUUGACGUGUUCGCCUGAGCGCGACGACCUUAAUUUGUAACCUAGCUGACGCCUACCAGAGCCGCUGUUUCUUCAAGGCGAAUGGUGAUAGACGCCCAAUUAUGAAAGACUCGUUGCGCGAAAAUCAGGAAGCCGUUAUCCAGCGUUAUCGCUUUAGGGCCGCGACCACUGCGUUAUAGCCACUGGAGUGCCGCAGGUGCUUACAUGAUGAUCUAAAAUGAUUUGAGUUGCCUAGCGUACUUGUCCGAUUGCAAGGUAGCGCUCGUUUCUGCAAGCGCCGGCUUCCUGUGCUCGAAACUCUAACCAACUGCCCGACUUGCGAUCCAGACGCCCGCCCUGUACUUGGGAUUCGCUUCAAUAGCAUACGCGUAUGCGUUUGUAACGUGGGUUGGCUCGUUGUUAUUGCUGUUGCCAUGAUGAUAGCGUGAAUCGGCUGGAGCGGUUGGCGGACGAGCGCUGCUACCGCCUCGACUCAGUAUAAAACGAGGCUGCAAAUACAUGCUAGCAAUAAACCAUUUCAGAAAAUACAUUUCCCCAAAGAGGAGGCCUUGCUUUGUGUACUCUACUUACCUGAAACCCGUCGCCAAACAGACAGACCGCAACGUUUGAAGGCUUGGAACGCUCCGAGUCCCUUCAAAGGUAUAAUCACCAUGGCGCCACUGCGGCGUCUGCGGCGAUCAACUUCAGGUCAAGCAUGUCCAAGUUUCGCCAUGGUCCUCACGACCGUCGCCUGCUGCGCACUUCUGCGCAGUGCAGCAGGUAUCGCUCUGGGGUCGCCGCCGCCGCCUCCGUCGCCUCCGUCGCCCGGGUCCCCUUCGCCUGCGCCCCCGUCGCCCGCGCCUCCCUCUCCCGAGCCCCCGCUGCCGGCACCUCCCUCCCCCACACCACCGUCGCCCGAGCCCCCUUCCCCUGAGCCCCCGUCGCCCGCGCCUCCCUCUCCCGAGCCCCCGCUGCCGGCACCUCCGUCACCCGCGCCUCCGUCGCCUGAGCCCCCGACGCCGCCCUCCCCGCCCCCGACCUGCCGUGCCGACCCCUACCUGCUCUACUACCACUCCAUCACGGAGUCCAUCUCCGGCCCCGUGCGCACCUCCGAGCCCGAGAGCCGCGUGCUGGGCACCGCCACGCUGUGGCCCGACUACCCGGUGCCCGGCAGCGUCACGCUGGAGCUGGAGGCGGCGCCGGGCGGCAGCUGGACCCCCGGCGCCGUGGUGCACUGGGCGCUCAUGACGCCCCUGCAGUACCUGAACGACGUGUUCACAGUGCCCCUGCCCGACCUGGAGGGCCCGCCCUGCCACGAGCCCACCAGCCUGCCCCACAAUCGCACCCUCACCGCAAACGACGUCUCCUUCUUCCGCGUAUUCACCCUCACCUACGCCCAGCUGGGGGUGGUGGACGACUGCAACCCGCGCGCGCUGUUCCCGGUGGUGCGCAUCGACGACGGGGAGACCAGCGCGUGGCUGGCCUGGGACUGGGUCAACCCCGCCACCGGGGAGGGCGCCAACAUCUGCUCCGGCUCCCCCACCGCCUGGGGCGUGGGCAGCUUCUCCCUGCAGUCCUGCCCCUGCCAGCCGCCCUCUCCCUCGCCCCCUCCGCCCGCACCGCCGCCCUGCGGCACCACAAUCCUCAGCCAGGAGUCGGAGCCGGUCGCGAGCGGCUACCUGUCCGGCCCCAUCCGCGACACCGCCAACGGCUGGGAGGUGGGCGCCGCCACGGUGCACGUGGAGCCCUCGGGGCCGGACGCGGUCACGCUGAGCCUGUCGCUGCCGCUGCCGGCUGGCACCGUCAUCAAGUACAACUUCUUCGACUGGGUCGGCUACGCCGACGCCGUGUUCACGCUGCGGCCGCCCGCGCUGGAAGGCCCCAACUGCCACGAGCCGUACGACGACUCCCUCCUCACGGCCGCUACCGUACCCGCCGGCACCAACGAGUACAACAUCAGUGUGUCGUACAGCUCACUGCAGCUGUCGCCCUGCAGCCGCAAGACCUUCUUCCCCGUGGUCAAGAUCACCACCCCCGAGGGCCUCACCUCGUGGCUGGCCUGGGACUGGGUGACGCCCAACGACCCCGAGAACGACGUGUGCGGCGACUCGCCCACCGCCUGGGGUGUCGGCUACUUUGACCUCUACAACUGCCCCUGCUCUCCGCCUCCCUCGCCCCCACCUCCCUCUCCCCCGCCGCCCCCGCCUCCGUCGCCCCCGCCUCCCCCCGGCAGCCCCCCGCCCUCGCCCCCGCCUCCCUCCCCCCCGCCUCCCUCUCCCCCGCCGCCCCCGCCUCCCUCGCCGCCGCGCCAGUCGCCGGUACCCACCGCUCAGCUGGGCACCGGCUUCCCCUUCUGCGCCUGCCGCAAGCGCAAGCCCUCGCUGUCGCCCUGGCGCCUGGGACCCCUGACCGGACCCACCAUCGCCGCGCCCAACUCCGCCACUGAGCCCACACUGGCCACCUGGUGCGCCGACAUCACCGCCACCGCCGAGCCAAGCCCGCCCACCGGCGUGUGUGCCGGCAUGGACCUGUUCAAGAUCGAGUUCCUAGUCAACCACGCCUGCUACUCCUCCAGCCCCAAGGCCAUCCGCCGCGUCACCGUCAACGGCGCCCAAGCCUUCCCCACCUGGAGCCAGAAGUACAUCAAGGGAGUCUACUACGGCGUGUUCGGGGUCAGCCGCCUGGCCUUCACCGCCGCCGACGGCCCCGUGCGGCUGUGCCUGUCCUUCGCGGCUGAGGCGGAGGGCGGCUGCGGCACCCCCGCCGGGCUGUGCUACGGUAGCGCCUGCACCUACUCCAUCUUCAACAAGAAGCAGAACUGCUGCCCCACAAGCUCCAUCUCCAGCAGCGUCGAUGUCCGCCCCGGGCACUGAUGAUGAUGGGUGCCGAGCUGAGUCGCCUACUCGAAAACCUGCGCAUUGCGCGGUUGCUGGUCGUCACUUCUUCAAGUUCAUGGACAUCAGUGACAGCCAGAGUACAUAAGGUGUCAUAAUGCCACAUAACAAGCCAGCACUGGUAGAUAGAUUGCAACAACUGCCAUUCUAUACAGACAUUUUGCUUCGUACAUAGAGCAUGCAUAGCUGACGGGCCGCCGGCUGCCCACACAGGUACAUACGUGCAUCCAUACAUGACGACACAUGCAUACCUGUAGUCGUGCGGCUGGAUAGGUACUCCGGUGUGCUCGCCUCAACGGCGGCCACCCCAACAUAUAUGGUGUUGUACAUAUGAGCAGUUGUCAGGUGAUACAUCGGGUGUGGGCGUAAAGGGCUGCGCCGUUGGCCGGCCAGGGGGAUGCGGCGCCAACUGCGCCGCGUCCCCUGCUCAAUGGAGUUAACGGUGGUAGCGUGCUAGCUGGAAGAGUCCGAGUCAGUUUCCCGGCGUAGGAGAGUGCGAAGGGCCUGAUGGCCGUACCGCUGCAUCUAUCCGACCAAUUGAGCAAGGUUGGCACGAGAAGGAUACGAGAGUUUUUGACGCAGUAACACCCGAAC